GCCGAUCUCCAAAAUGUCGAGACAUCCAACAUGUUGGGGAUUUUUAGGGGCUAGUAAAAUUGGCAACGACUUUUCUGUGGCUUUAAAAACUCUUCCAGCCGAAGACCACCGUCUAGUUGCUGUCGCAGCCCGCAGUUUAGAGAAAGCUCAAGAGUUUGCCUCGAAGCAUGGCGUCGAGAAAGCGUAUGGUUCGUACGAAGAGCUGGUGAAGGACCCAGACGUCCAUGUUGUCUACGUGUCUACCAUAAAUAUAUCACAUAAAGACCUAUGUCUUCUGGCACUGCAGCACGGAAAACACGUUCUUUGUGAAAAACCUUUGACUCUUAAUGUAAAAGAAGCUGAAGAAGUUAUGAAAGUCGCUAAAGAGAAAAAGCUAUUUUUCAUGGAGGCUUUGUGGACCAGGUUUUUCCCAUUACACAAAGAAGCUAAAGAACUACUCGAUUCCAAAGCAAUAGGUGACAUAAAGUUGGUUAUAGCAUCCUUUGGAUAUAGUAUGAAAUCGGUUGAUCGCAUUAAGAAUCUUGACCUUGGAGGUGGAGGAUUAUUGGACCUUGGUAUCUACUGCCUUAACAUAGUAGACAUUUUCUUUGAUGGUCAAGAUCCAAUUAAGAUAACUGCCAAUGGAUUCAAAACAGACAGUGGUGUGGAUGAUACGCUCUGUAUUAAUUUGAUGUUUAGUGGCAACAAGAUGGCUCAAGUUUUCACAUCCAUAGAUGCUCAACUACCAAAUGAUUGUACUGUUAUUGGAAYCAAGGGAUCGUUUAAGAUCUGCACACCUUUCUGGUGUAGCACAAAGAUAAUAUAUCCAGAUGGAACAGAGAAAGAAUUUCCUUUGCCAGAACCUUCAAUGACAAUGAAUUUCGCGAAUUCAACUGGAAUGAGAUAUGAAAUUCAGGAGGUGAGAAACAAACUUCUGAUGGGUGCAACAGAAAGUGACAUCAUGCCACACAGCAACACAAGGAGAAUCAUGGGAUGGAUGGAUGAAAUACGUCAGCAGAUUGGAGUUGUGUUCAAAGUGGACAGCUGAUUGAAGCAGAAAAUCAAAUACUAGUCAGAGACCUUUAGCAGAGACGUUCUUGUUAUGUGGUCAUCAUUUGACUGGCCACUAUUUUAAGCCUUAAUACCUAUUAAAAUGUAUCAUGCAACUAAUUAAUGUUCGUAGACCRGCCUGGAAACCUGAAAGCAAAGACCUUGAUUGCCUUUUUUGCUUCUUAGCUUCCAGUUUUCCAAAGCGACUUCUUAAUUUUUUAAAGAACUUUUGCCAAAGGCAACAGAAAAAUAAUUAUAAUAUGAUUUGCACAUUUGGUAAAACCAUAUCAUGAUGUUCACAUUUGGUUAUUUAUUUAUGUUUAGUAUUCACGAUCAUGUCCUCACAUUACAGUUAAAAUGGCUCAAGUUUACGCCCCAGUUUAGUUUCYGAGUUUACAAUCUAGGGGGUAAGCUCGAGUAUGUUGACUGUAAUAUUUAUUUUAUAACUAAUGAUAGUUCCUUGUCAUUAAGGUUACUGGAGACCUUCAGGGGUAUGUUUCAUUUAAGACUCUCUCUUUGCAACACGUUAAACAAAACCCCAUGAAACUAUAUAUYGUUUUAAAGGUCAUAUAAUAGAGAUUCAGAAAAUAAUAUUUUUUGAAAACGAUUUUUUAAUUUGAAACAAUGCUGGAGCCUUAAACACAAAUCGGGCACAUUCAGUAGAGGUGAAUUAAUGGAUAUGGAUCUAGCGCGUAUAGCCAAAAGAAUUUCACUAUGUGAAUAAUGUGUAAUGACCAUACCACUUAGAAUAAUAUACAUGACCAGUAAAGAAAUGUUGUGGACGUUUACAGAAAUAGUCAACUAAUAAAGAAAAAUAUAGAACAAAUAAUAAUUUCUAAAAUGAUUUUAAUACUUAUGUACAAUGAUUUAUAUUUCUAAUCCAGAAAAUGAAUUAUUGAUAUCCUUUUGAUCAUUUGCAAAGUAUAAAAUAUAAUGAUAAUAACAUCAACACAUCUAUUCAUUACUCUAUAUAUACUAACUUAAACGAUAUUUAUAUCAGAUAAUAAAUAAAUGUGUCCAAUAAUUUGAAUCAUCACAGACCAUAUCUAAUUUAAAGUAAAUAUAAUUAUUCAUUAUCAAUCAAUAAUAAUCUUGACGUAAUUUUUCAUAUAUAAUGCAGUACUGAUGUCUAAUAAUAGUGCGGUUUUUGUAUGACUGAAAAGUUCACAGCACGAACACAGUCRUGACACAGCAAGGGAUACGACAGACAAAUCAAAUUGCAGGAGAAUUUACUCUCCAUCCAAUCAAAUACCCGRAACACGGCAUAAACACGGUGCAGACAGGGUCACGCCAAGAUCACGGCACCUUUAGACCAAUCAUAUUGCACGUGAAAAAAAUCAGCCAAUUAAAAUUCUAGAAAGUGUCACGGCACCUCACACUUACAGCACUGAGCUUUUCACAGUCAUACGAAAACUGCACUAGUGAUUCCAUAAUUACAGUCAAGUCAUUAAACCUGUGAAAUAGAUAUUACACUAAUACACAUUAGUAUAACCUAA